GGAUAUAUGGAAUUUGAUGAUUGGGCUAUAGAAGUCAUCGACACACCAGAAUUUCAAAGACUAAGAAACCUUAAACAAUUAGGGACUACAUAUUUUGUUUAUCCUGGAGCAAGUCAUAAUAGAUUUGAACAUUGUCUAGGAGUUGGUCAUUUAUCAAAUAAACUGUUGAAACAACUUUAUAAAAAUCAACCUGAACUUAAAUCUGGGUCAUUUGAGUCUGAUCUAAAAUGUGUGACAUUGGCAGGUUUAUGCCAUGAUUUAGGUCAUGGACCUUUUAGUCAUGUUUUUGAUAAUCGUGUUAUUCCUAAACUUAAACUUGGUCAUGAAGAGGGGUCGGUAAAGAUGUUUGAUCAUUUAAUCGACGAGAAUCAUAUUGAUUUGAAUCCAGAAGAGGUAAAACUUAUUAAAUCUUUAAUAACUGGUAAAGAUCCUUCCAGAAAUAAAUCAGAAAACAGUGGGCGUGAAUUUUUAUUUGAUAUUGUGGCAAACAAACGUAAUUCAAUUGAUGUGGAUAAAUUUGAUUAUUUAGAGCGAGAUUGUUAUAAUAUAGGAAUAAAAUCAUCAUAUGACAGCUCGCGACUAAUGAAGUUUAGUCGUGUUAUCGAUGAUCAAAUCUGUUAUAGUCAUAAGGAAUCUCAUAACAUUUAUGAGUUAUUUCAUACAAGAUAUUCCUUGCACAAAAAAGUUUAUCAACAUCCCGUAGCUACAGCAAUUGAUCAUAUGUUGGCAGACGCUUUAGUUAUGGCAAAUGAUGUUUUCAAAUUUUCAGAAUCGAUUUUUGAUCCUAUGUCAGAACUUAGAUCCAUAGCAUCUAUGAUGCUAGUAUACUGA